AUGGCAUCCGAGGAUGAAGCUCUCGGAUCAGUCGCCUCCUUCGGUCUUUCCAGCGUAUUAGCUUCAGCAGGUAUCGACUUAUCCUCCCUUGGAUCAUUUCUCGGAGAAGGCUCGGGAGGUUCUUCAAGGCAGAUAGCAGAGAUAGAAGCAGAGGACAAUGACGAGGACAAAUAUGAAGAUGAUAUCUCGGUAGAUGAACUGCCAGGAGAAGAAGAUGCUGAUCAGCGGAAGAGGGAGGAAGAAAAACGUAAGAAGGAGGAAGAAAGAUGGAUCAGAAAAGGGUUGGAAAUCACUUCUGCGAUAGACAAAGGUAAAGGAAAAGAGAAGGAGACGGUGGGAAACACGAAGAAAGAGAAAGAGCUGGAACAGGUCAUGAAGAUUUGGCCAAAUUUCGAGAAGGGAAAGAGGCUGAGGAUGAGUGAGGUUUUCUAUGAAACUCCCCAGGAUAAGAGGUUGUUGGCUAUACAGAAAAGGAAGAAACGAAGGUUGGAAAAUGGGAAAGAAUUCUCUUUCACCAUUGAUGCAAGUUCAAUACCUAACUUACCGGCGAGCUUCUUACUUCCCUCUUUACCUCAACUUGAGAUUGCAUCUUCCGAUCAGCCGAAUUACAAAGCUCCUAUUGGAUCUUACUUCGAUAAAGAAUGGGUGAAAGAAGCUAGAGCCAGGCGGAAAAAGGAGAUGACCAAACCGCCUGUGUCGCUGGAACGGGAUAAUCAGAACAGUCAGAUAGCACCGUUGGAUUGGCAGAAUGAUGAUCUGGGAUAUGCCCUGGAAUUAGAAGAUUGGGAAAAAGGAAUAACGAUGUGCUCAUUGGAUAUCCCUGCUUUGAAGCCCAUCGAACCUCUUGCGCCUCGUAAUGGUAUAUUGGACUCGGGUGAUUGGCUCAACGAUGUGAUAUGGGAUGCAAGGCGGGUAUCACCUGAUCUGAUAGACAGCGAAGAGGAAGAACCUGUACCAACAGCGCCAACUAAGAAGGUGACUGCAGAAGCUGGAGCUGUUCAACCUGCAAUAGCUAAAUUAGAUCCGUUCAAUAUAUCCAAUGACCACCUGUACGAGCAUUCACGAGAGGCGAGAUAUAGGAUCAGGCAGACGUUUGGAGCCAUCGAAGUGUUUCAUUCGCUACCUGCAAGGCAUCUCCAACUUCCUUUCUACAAAACCACCUUUACCAAAUCGGAAGCGCGAGCAUGGCAUCGACCAGCACUCCAAUUCCCGACUGGCGUCACAUUCUCAUUCUCUAAGAUCAAAUCUAACCCUUCUGCGAAUGUCAGCUCAAAGAAGAGUAAGAUCGUUGCUGAUCCUUCGGAGAGAUUUAAGACCACUAAGGAUCUUACCUUGGCAGAGAAAGGUCCAUAUGUCCUGUUGGAGUUUUCUGAGGAAUACCCACCUAUCAUGAGCAACUAUGGUAUGGGAACGACCAUCGUCAAUUAUUAUCGGAAGAAGGAUGACAAAGAUGAACAUGUUCCCAAACUCGAUUCCGGUCAACCUUCCAUCCUAAAUCCUGGAGAUGCCGAACCGUUCAUGCUCGGCUACGUAGAUCGAGGGAACGUCACUCAAGUGAUACAUAACAAUCUGAUCCGAGCACCUAUCUUCCGACAUACACCUGAAACUACCGAUUUCUUGGUGAUCCGGCAAACGAUCAAUGGUCAUUCGACAUUCUACCUUCGAUCGAUCAACCAUAUUUUCACAGUUGGACAGACAGUACCUAACGAAUCUGAAGUUCAUGCACCUCAUGCUAGGAAGAACACCAAUACGUCGAAAAUGAGAUUGAUGAUCAUCGCUUGGCUGUUGAUUCAGAAAUCAAAGCAGAAGAGGUUCAAGAUGGCCAAGUUAUUGAAGUAUUUCCCUGAUCAGACGGAAUUGCAGAUGAGGCAGAGGCUCAAGGAAUUCCUGGCGUACGCAAGAGGACCUGGACCAAACCAGGGUUAUUGGAUGUUGAACCCCGACUAUUCAUUCCCCUCGGAACGUAAAGAAGUAUUGGAGCUGUGUACACCCGAGGCAGCCGCUCUAUUCGAAGCUAUGCAAGUUGGUGCUAGACAUUUACAUGACGCGGGAUACCACAAGACCGCAGAAGGUGGACAAGAGGAUGAAGACGAUAGUGGAUUAGAUAUCGAACAGCAAUUGGCUGUAUGGUCCACCACUCAUAAUUACAAACUUGCUGAGGCCCAGAAAGCUUGGUUGGUCGUUCACGGUGAAGGAGACCCGACAGGUAGAGGAGAAGGUUUCAGUUUCUUGAGAGCGAAUAUGAAGAAUUAUUUCUUGAGGAAAGGGGAGACUGAGCAAGGAAGGAGGUUGGAAGCUGAAGCGAAAGCUGGUGGAGCCGUCGUGAAGAUAUCUAACGCUGAGCAGAACAGAAUAUACGAAGAGGAGAAAAGAAAAGUAUGGGAUCUACAGUGGAAUUCUUUGUCUAACCCACAUCCACCCGAAAUCAACCCAGAUGAAGAUGAAGAUCCAAACAGACAACAACCAUUCGUGUCUACACCUGCUGGGCUGGGCCCAAGAUUCAACAGGGCUGAUAGUCGACGGGCAUUCUCGAGAGGGAAUUCCAUGGCGAACACACCGAUGUACGCUGAUUCACCCAGGGAGAUGAGUCCUGCGAUGAGUAUGGAUGGGGAAUCGACGUACACUGGAGCGAACCCUACGGCUGGAAAGGUUUUGAGAAUCAAGAGAAGAGUCAAAGGGAAAGAAGUCAUUGAGAUUGUCCGUGAACCAGCUGUCAUCCAGGCUUAUCUUCGUAGAAUAGAAGAUAAGAAGUUAGAGUAUUAUAUGGAUAAUUACGAUCAACUGGCUCCUACCGGUAAUGAGGAAGAUGACGAGAUCAUGAAAGCUGCGUUGAGGAAGAAGAUCGAACAGAUCAAAUUGAAUCAGCAAAGAAGGUUGAUGAGAAAGAAAUAUGCAAGUAGGACUUUGGACCCUACAGAUGUGGAUGGAGUUGAUCUUGAAGGAGGGAAACGGAAAUGCGGUGCAUGUGGACAACUUGGACAUACGAAGGCCAAUCGAAAUUGUCCAAUGUUCAACGCAUCUUCAGUCGCACCUUCACCAUCCAUGUCGACUGGUGGAGGGACUCCUUCUGGAUUUGGGGGAUAUACACCGAUUGAUACGACGACAAUUGAUAGUGUUCCUACGCCUAGUACUUCUUUCAAGAUCAGAUUGGGUGGUGGGCAAAGAUGA